AUGUCCGAGCCCUCGAGACCCCAGGUCCUCCCAAUCAUGGAGUCCAGUAUUUCCACCAACGAGAAAGUUAGAAUGCUCAACAAAGACCGAAUUUUGCGACAGACGGUCGAUAACAACUACGCGGAUCUGAUCUGCAUCAUUCUAUGUUUUGUCACGGGGCUAUGUGAUAGCUCUGCUUUCAACGCCUGGUCCUGCUUCCUGGCCAUGCAGACCGGAAACACCGUCGUCCUCGGCCUCGGCGCCGCCAACCUCCCAGCAGACGACAAAUACAGUUGGCUAAAAGCCCUCGUCUCAGUCUCGUCCUUCGUGGUCGGAUCCUUCGUCUUCAGCUUCGCGGGGCGCAUCCUCGGCCCAACACGUCGCGGAACCCUCUUCGCGUCGUUCAUGGUGCAGGUCAUUCUGAUCGUGAUCGCCGUCUCGCUUAUCCAGACCGGCAUCGUUGCCCGCGGUGAUGUCUCCUCGCACAAUCACCCCUUACUAGACCUCAUCCCGAUCGGGCUUCUCGCGUUCCAGUCCUCCGGAUCUAUCAACUCGACCCGGUCGCUGGGGUUCAAUGAGAUCCCGAGCGUCGUGAUCACCAGCGUGUAUUUUGAUAUCGCGUCGGAUAAGAACAUUCUCGCUGUGCAGAAUGUGAAGCGCAAUCGCAGGGUGGCGGGGGUGGUGAUGUUGUUAAUUGGGGCGAUUGUGGGGGGCUGGUUGAAUCGGAGUGAGGGGGGCAUGGCGUCGACGUUUUGGUUGGCUGCUGGGAUUAAAUUUGUGAUUGGGUUUGGGUGGUUGUUUUGGUUGCCGAAGAGGGUUGAAGGGUGA